AUGCCGGGCGUAAUAGCACACCCUCCGGCCAAAGUCCCAAGCAAACGGGUACUGCAGGAAACCACCAGCUCGCGGACCAACCAACAGAUCUCACCGUCGAAGAAGAGGAAGCUCGAGAAUGCUGCCACUCCCAAGUUCAAGACACCUGCAAGGAAGCUGCCCAAUGGCAGUCAGAUGGGCUCAAGCCAGCCGAAGAGCCAAUUCGAGUCCGAAGUACUGGAGAAGCUCACGCAGGAUAUCGAUGCCUUGAAGCAAAAGAACGCGGAGAAAGAUCAGCAUUGGUCACGACCGCCACUCCGAGACUUUAGCGAUAAGAAGGACACGUUAUGCUUUCAGCAGAUUGAAGCGGAAGAAGGCACGCUACAUGGUGGCAGAGCGACCGUGAAGCUGUUCGGUGUGACGGAUGAUGGACACUCGGUGCUGUUGCAUGUCACAGACUUCCAGCACUAUCUCUACGUUGCAGCACCGGUCUCCUUCACCAAGAAUGACUGCGACCCUUUCAAGACAUACCUGGAGUCUGUCUUGGCGCAGCACUCUCAGGCCAUCAGUUCGGUGCAAAUGGUGAUGCGUGAGAACAUGUUUGGCUUCCAGGGCAACCAGAAAAGCCCGUACCUGAAGAUUACCGUCUCGGACCCAAAGCUCAUCAACCGGCUUCGGACGACCAUCGAGCAAGGCAAUGCCAACUACAAAGGACUCUGGAAAGCGGCCGAAGGAGGCAUCCUUACCUUCGACAGUAUCCAGUACGUACUACGCUUCAUGAUCGACACCAAGAUUGCUGGCAUGUCUUGGGUAUCCGUGAAUGCUGGGAAGUACCACAUAAUACCGGAACGAGAUCAACAUUCGCACUGUCAAAUCGAGGCUUUCUGCCAUUACAGAGACAUCAUCGCUCAUCCCGUUGAUGGCGACUGGGCAAAGAUGGCCCCUCUGCGCGUCCUCAGCUUCGAUAUCGAAUGUGCUGGUCGCAAGGGUGUGUUCCCGGAGGCGAACGUUGACCCUGUCAUCCAGAUCGCCAACGUCGUGACGCGAUAUGGAGAAGAGAAGCCUUUCGUGCGGAAUGUCUUCUGCAUGGACACUUGCAGCUUAAUUGUCAACACCCAAAUAUUCGAGUUCGGCUCGGAGGAGAAGAUGCUGAUGGCAUGGCGUGACUUCGUGCAGGAGGUCGACCCAGAUGUGAUCAUAGGCUACAACAUUUCCAACUUCGACUUUCCAUAUUUACUGGAUCGAGCGGCGCAUCUCAAAGUGGGCAAGUUUCCAUACUGGUCGCGACUGAAGAAUACCAAGUCACAGGCAAGGGAGACGAACUUCUCCAGCAAGCAGAUGGGCAACAGAGACACUAAAUCAACAAACACUAACGGACGUCUUCAGCUGGAUCUGCUUCAGCUCGUGCAACGCGACUAUCAGCUCCGAAGCUACACUCUGAACUCCGUUUGCUCCCAUUUCCUGAACGAGCAGAAAGAAGAUGUCCACCACACAAUGAUCACCGAGCUGUACAAUGGUACUGCUGAAUCGCGUAGACGUCUAGCAGUCUACUGCCUAAAGGACGCCUAUUUGCCACAACGCCUCAUGGAUAAGCUCAUGUGUCUGAUCAACUAUACGGAAAUGGCUCGCGUUACGGGCGUGCCCUUUAACUACCUGCUUGCCAAAGGACAACAGGUCAAGUUCAUCAGCCAGCUGUUCCGGAAAGCUCUCGAGCAGCAGCUUGUCGUGCCUAACUUGAAGAGCGAGGGCUCUGACGAGCAGUACGAGGGCGCCACGGUCAUUGAGCCCACCAGAGGCUACUAUGAUGUGCCUGUGGCGACUUUGGAUUUUGCUUCACUAUACCCCAGUAUCAUGCAGGCUCACAAUUUGUGCUACACGACUCUACUCAACAAGACAGCUAUCGACAAGCUCAAACUUGUCAAAGAUGAAGACUACAUCCAGACUCCAAAUGGCGAUCUCUUCUGCACAGCGAAGGUCCGCAAAGGUCUGUUGACGCAGAUCCUGGAAGAACUCCUUGGUGCUCGUAAGCGCGCCAAGAAGGAACUGGCUGUUGAGACAGACUCUUUCAAGAAGGCCGUACUUAACGGCCGUCAACUGGCUCUGAAAGUGAGUGCCAAUUCAGUUUAUGGUCUCACCGGAGCUACUGUGGGCAAGCUACCGUGUCUCGCCAUUGCGUCGAGUACCACGUCGUAUGGCCGACAAAUGAUUGAGAAGACGAAGGAAGAAGUCGAGAAACGCUAUACAAUCGCCAAUGGCUACAGCCACGAUGCCCAGGUCAUCUACGGCGACACUGACUCCGUUAUGGUCAAGUUCGGCCCCAACGAUCUUGCCAAAGCCAUGGAGCUUGGUCAGGAAGCCGCCGAGUUUGUCACUAAACAGUUCAUCAAGCCAAUCAAGCUCGAGUUUGAGAAGGUCUACUACCCCUAUCUGCUCAUCAACAAGAAGCGCUAUGCGGGCCUGUACUGGACGAACACGAAGAAGUACGACAAGAUGGACACCAAGGGUAUUGAGACUGUGCGACGUGACAACUGUCGACUAGUGCAGACUGUAAUUGAGACGAGCUUGAAGAUGUUACUCAUGGACCAGGAUGUGCAAGGUGCACAGGACUACGUGAAGGAGACUAUCUCAGAGCUACUACAAAACAAGAUCGAUAUGUCGAAUCUGGUCAUCACGAAAGCACUGGCAAAGGCCGACUACGCCAACAAGCAAGCCCAUACGGAACUCGCUGAGCGUAUGCGCAAGCGUGACGCUGGCUCAGCUCCGGCAUUAGGUGACCGUGUAGCCUAUGUCAUGGUGAAGGGCUCUUCCGGAUCAAAAGGCUACGAGAACUCGGAAGAUCCAAUGUUCGUCCUGGAGAACAACCUACCCAUCGACACAAAGUACUACCUGGACAAUCAGCUCGCGAAACCACUGGGUCGUAUUUUCGAGCCCAUCUUGGGUGAGAAGAAAGCUGCAUCGCUUCUGACAGGCGAGCAUACCCGUAGCAUUUCAGUCGCGGCGCCGACAAUGGGUGGACUCAUGAGAUUCACCAAAAAGACAGAGACUUGUCUGGGCUGUAAAAAGCCGCUGACUACACCAGAAGAGAAAGGCGGAGCUGUGGGCGAGGAAUGUCGACCACGCUUUGGCGAGCUGUAUCAGAAGAGUCUGGGCAAAGUCAGCGAGCUCGAGAUCAGGUUCGCCAGGUUAUGGACGCAGUGCCAGCGGUGCCAGGGCAGUAUGCAUAAUGAGGUUAUUUGCAGUAGUCGGGAUUGUCCGAUCUUCUACAUGCGCAUGAAGGCGAAGAAGGAUGUGGAGGAUGCUGGGAAGGAGAUGGUGAGGUUUGAUCGUGAUGCGACGCUUUGGUAG